AUGCCUCCGUCAGAAGACCCAGACUUGACUCUUUUCGACAUGGAGACCUUUAGCUUUCGCGGUCUAGAUGAAGAGCAAACGCUGGAUCCCUCGAGUCUCGACUUCACAAAACCCUUGCCUGCCAGCAAUAACGACAACUUUCUCAACAACCCCGAGUCCGCAAAUUCCUUUGUUUUCCACGAGAGCUACCAAGAAGAAUCCCUCUCCGACUCUUCUUCUUCGAAACGAGCGAGUAGCGAAGCCUCUUCCAAGACCGGGCCGAUGGAUUCCGCCAUGAUGAAUGACAUCAGCAUGGAGGACGGGGCCUUUCACAAUGCACCUUCGGCACCCCCGCUCGAGAUGGAAAGCGCUUUCGACGAAGAUGAAUUUAUGAACCAGUCAUUUGACUUUGCUAGGGCGUCGAGCAGCCCCAGUGAGGUACCGAAAACCCAACUCGUGGCGAACGGUCGAUCGUCAAAAUCGAGGCCUCACCACAAGAGCCGAUCUCAACACUCGUUCAAAAUCUCAUCGAGAGAGGUAUCGCCCCAUUCGAAUGCCUUUGCAAGCAACGCCUCGUCGCCGAAUGGUCAGAUGGAUUUCCAUGACCCGAGGCAGAUGAUGAUGCACCAUCAGGCCAAUGGUGCGCCGACCUGGCCUCACCACCUCAGUCCCGCGACGGCGAAUCAUCUCUCCCACGCGUUCGCCACGAACCCCGUCGCCGCGAGCCAGGCCAUGGUCUUGGCCCAGUUUCCGACCUUUAUGUCCGUGCCUCAAGGGGCCCUCGACGUACUCGGCGCUAAUCAGCCGUUCCUAACCUUUGAUAGGGAGGGCAUGCCUCCCAAGACACGAGUUGAGACUCAGAUCCACCUCAAGACGGUCUUCUCCCGCCUCCCACCCGGCGUUGCGAAGCUCCACCUCCCUAAACAUACCGUUUCCAAGCCUAAGCUAUGGUCCAAGGUUUCUUAUGUACCCUCGCCUGACACGCUUGACCUACACACCAUGCUUGUGUGCACCAGUGCUAUGGAAAAUGAUGAGAUGAGGAUGCGGGCGAUGAAAAGGGCUAGGGAAGGCCCUAACUCUGGCUUUAACGAUGCGAAGCCCGAAAAGGAGACGGACGACGACAAACCUUUAAACGGCGGCGAGGUCUGGAUCUGCACCAACUGUAUCGACCGUGAGAGAAAACGAUCGGAACGGAAAAAGGUGAAGAAGCCGGACGAGGAGGGCAUCUGGAAGGCCGAGGAAUGGCGCCGAGUCGUCGUUUUCAACACCCACGAGAUUCGCGAGUUUCCCAAGCCCGACCCCGUAACGGGCGCGACCGUGAUCGAGCUCCCGAUGCGCAUCGCCUGCUACUGUCGCCAUCAACAGGAGAAGAUGGGGUUCCAAGUCAUCUUCACCAUUCGAGACCAUCUCGGCCGCGUCCUGGCCCAGGAGUUGACACCGUCCAUCAUGAUUACCGACGACCACAAGAAUCACCUUCCGCCCUCAGGCCCGUCCCCUCUAGCACUCAGAUCUCAUCCCGGGCAAGCCAGAACCCCCGGCCUCGAACGGCAUGGCACAACCAACCCCGUUCCGGUCUAG